AUGACGGAGAUGGAGACACAUCUAUCAAAGCAAAAUAUAAAUGAAUUGAAAACUGAUUUUCUUUCUGUAAAACUUAAAGAAAAUUAUCUAAAUUUGAAAGAAAAGAUUAUUAAAGGAAUUGAGGAAGGGGAGGAGAAGAGUAAGAAUAAAAUAGAGGAGGAACCUCAUCAAACAUCGAAAGAAAAAAUAGUUGCAACUAUUUUUGAGUCAAACUCGACGUUAUUUAUUACAUCAAAGACACCUUUGGCAUUGGUAGAGUUUAUUGAAGAAUUUAAAAAUGAGAGAAAUAAGCUGGCUAAAGAGUUUUGCGAGAUUAAAGGUUGGAGCUUAAAGAAGAAAAAAAUUAAGAAAGUUUUAAAAAAAUAUGACGAUUUUCAUGAUAAAUUGCAAAAAAGAUGGGCUAAAGCUGUUUUUGAAUAUUCAUAUCAUAAAGAGUUGGAAAGAAGAGGAUUGUCAGGUUUGGAUAAAGAAAGAGCUGUCGGGCAAGUAGUUGUUAUGGAGGAAGGUAUAAAAGAGAAGACAAAAUUAGGGAGAAAACAUAACGCCAAGGAAAUUGGUCGAGAACCACAAAUUCUUAAAUUUAACCCUUACAGUAUAAACACAAACACAUUCUGGUUGGCAAUUUAUGGAAUUGAAAACCCUGUAAAAGAAAUUUCUGGAAAAAAAGAUUCGGCAAUUAUUGCAUCUAUAGGUGAUGCAAAUACAAGUGCUAAUCCUAAGACAGUGAGUGGCAUGAGCACAGGCAAGUUUUUAAUUUAA